AAAAUGGCAAUGUGACAUGUGAGUCAUGUGACUUCUCUCAGGCUUCUCUCUGCAAAUCCAUUUUUAUUACAUGCUGCUUCUCGCCAACAAAUAUAUUUUGAGAAUUCCUUAUUUUUUAUUAAACAUAGUUAAAGAUUUUGAAAUUAAAACAUAAAAAAAUAAAGCCUUUUCUAUAGCUUAAUACUUUUCCUUAUUAUUGUACAACUAUAUAUAAAAAAAGAAAUGUUGCUUAUAUUUUUAUAACUAUAAAACAUUCAGUUGCUUUAAAUUAAUUAUGGUGACGAUACAUAGCUAUUACAAUUAUGAAGAAGUCUUGGAACGGCAUCCUGAAAUAAUAUUAGUAUCAGAAUCACCUGUCACUUGGCAUGGUUUUUUAAUUAUUUCACGUUCAUCGUGCGCUUCAUAUGAUUUCCAAAGUCCUAGAGUAAGAUUAAAAUUAAUCAUGCCUGUUUAUCCAUCAUUUGAAAGUGCACGUAUCAAGUUUGGUAGACAAAUAGCUUCUUUGCGAAAUACAGAAUUCCACAAAAGGGUAAAAGAAUUAAUAAAGACUGCAUUCAAAAUUGAACAAACGGUGUCUUCAUUUUUAACACAGUUACAAUUACUUAUUGGAGAAUAUAUGCGCAACACAGAUACUAAAAUUCUUAUAUCUAAUCUUGAUACUACGAGAUAUUUUCUGCAAGAAUUAGAAGCAGCUCUUCAAUAUUUACCUGAUAUACUGAUAUCAUCUGAUCAAAAUUUAAAUAUCAUUAAAUUACACUACAGAGAUGUAUCUGUUACAUUGCAAAGAUGUAUCAAUGCUGAACUUCCUUGGAAAGUUAUUACUUCUGAUUUGCCCAAUAUUCCAAUAUUUGAAGGCUUUGAAAAGAAUGUGACCAAUUUGAGUGUUGCAAAGACUAAGUUUCAAUGGCAAGUGGAUAUAUUGGAAAAAGCAUGGGAACAAUUAGAAGAAAUUGAUGAGAAUUGCUGGGUAAUUGAUCCAUUAAAACCAAACAAGAGCCAUAUGUACAGGCGUAUUCACUUGUCUCAAUCUUUAUCUGUAACAAUUACAAUAGAUGAUCCAUUGAAUCCUAUUGCUUUGCCAGUAAUUAAAUUCUCAGGCAGUGACAAUGAAGUGAAACGGCAAAUGGAUGAUAUUUCCAAUAAAAUUAAUGAGUGGGAUCAUAAUUGCAGUAUUUUAGAAAACCUAAAAAUGCUGUUAAAUUUGUAUGAAUUUCCCAAACAACAGGAAAGUAUGGAAGAAAAGGAAGCCAUUAUCAGUAAUCGUGAGUGCGGUAUAUGUUUCGCAGAUGAAUUACCAGAUAAGAUAUGCAAUAAUGAAAAAUGCAUGAGAUACUUCCAUUCAGCAUGUUUAUCGAAGUGGUUACAAACAAUAACUGGAAAUCAAGUUGUGUUUGGUCAUAUUUAUGGUACUUGUCCAUAUUGCAAGGAAAAAAUUUCUUGUUCCAUUGAACAAUGAAGGCACAUGUGUCAUUGAUUGAAAUCCUGCGACAAGAUGUAUCCUCGUCAAUUCCGUUUCGUCGUCAACGAUCGAUCUCGCAAUGGGAUAAAGUGCUGCUAUUCCCGAACCGAUACUAAACAUAACGAUCUGUCGAAAACU